UUAAAAAAAAAAAUCUCUAAUGUGUUGUUAUUCUGAUGUUUGUUAUUCUGAUUUUAGAUCCCAGGGUGAACCAUUGGAUGAUGAUGAGCAGUCCUCUUCCUACCAUGGUGAUAUGCCUGUGUUAUGCGUAUUUCAGCAAAGUUUUAGGACCGAGGAUAAUGGAGAAUAAAAAGCCUUACAAGCUUCGAGGAAUCCUAAUUAGCUAUAACCUGAUUCAAACGCUAUUCUCCACGUGGAUCUUUUACGAGUAUUUGAUGAGUGGCUGGGCGAAAGGAUACAGUUUCCGGUGCCAACCGGUCGACUACUCCAACAACGCUAUGGCGCUACGAAUGGCCAACACAUGUUGGUGGUAUUACAUCAGCAAGUUCACCGAGUUCUUCGAUACCCUCUUUUUCAUUCUGAGGAAAAAGAAUCAGCACGUGUCAACGCUUCAUGUAAUCCAUCAUGGCAUAAUGCCAUUUUCAGUUUGGAUGGGCUUGAAGUUCGCACCAGGCGGUCAUAGCACUUUCUUUGCCCUUUUAAACACUUUUGUUCAUAUUAUAAUGUAUUUCUAUUAUAUGGUGGCUGCAAUGGGCCCUGAAUAUCAGAAGUACAUAUGGUGGAAAAAGUACCUGACUACUAUGCAAAUGGUGCAAUUCGUGUUAAUCAUGUGUCACCAGUUCCAGCUUCUUUUUAUAGACUGCGAUUAUCCUCGUAGCUUUAUGAUUUGGAUCGGUUUACACGGCGUGCUCUUUUUAGGUCUUUUUUCGGACUUUUACAAAGCGAAAUAUGUAGACAGAACGGAAAAAUCAGCAAAGAACAGUGUACAAAAUGGCUCGACUGGUCUUUGCAUGCCUGUACUCGAGGAUUCGGCGCCACGACAAAACGGUGUUUCGUCAUAUACGACGAUCUACAAUAAGGAAUAUAACAAGGAAUACAACAGCUGUUACAGCAACGGAACAAAUAACGGUUAUGUCGCCAAUAAUAACACGGAGAAAAAGCUCGCUUAGGACAUUCUGAUUUUGGUAAAAGCUCUUAAACAACCGUCGAGAUACCAAAUCACACGAUAUACAGUAUAAUUACACGUUGCCGGCACAUUGACGGUCGUACAGUGACUUUAUACACAACAUAUAUAAAACAUGUCGAACGAUUUUGAUUCGAGUAGUGAUUGCGCGCGACUCCGCCUGGAUCCAAUGUGGCCGAUUCGCAAAGAAAAAAAAAAAAAAAAAAAAAAUAAACUAUAUAUUAGUUGUAAUUCGCCGUGGAGUCUGUGUUCAUGUUCACGUAUAGAGUCGUCGACGAGAGAGAGAGACCUGUCGCGCAUACGUUCGAUUUUCCCGCUAACGCUUUAAAUUAUUUCAUAUUAAACUAUAUCAACGGGGUGGCGAUUAUGUUUAUCGGAAUAGUUUAACGGGGUUUAUAUAAGAAUAAUUAUUGAUAAUAUAUUAUUAAUAAGGAAAGGGCUCUUUUACCCGUAUUGUUGUGUACAUGUAUUAAUUAUAAUAUAUAUAAUUCCAUCCGCAACCGGAUUGUGGAUGAUCCCGAAAGUCGUUGACUCGUCGAUGGCUUUAUGAACGGAAAGAAAAGAGCAAAAAAAUGGAGCGACCGAUGAUGAACGACCGAGGAAUGCGAAGAGACCAGAGAGAAUAAACGGACAAAAAUUAAAACGCGCACACGAUGAGUAUAAAUUAAUAAUCGAUCCUCAUCGGAACAUUAUGUUUUCCGCACGCGAUUGUCGAGAGUGUUUCAUUGCGUGCGUUUAUUGUAUGCGUGAACGAGUGUGAUCGUUUGUUAGUUGUACAUUGAUUACGAGGCAUUUCUUAUUGGGACGAAUCGAAAUGAUCCCCCUUUACCAUAUUUCCUUAUCGUCCGACUCUGUCUCUCUAUUGCCCCGAUUGUGUUCAAAGCUUUGGUGUUCGUCGUAGAAAUAAGCGUCUGUCGAUUCGCGUUUAAGAAGGAAAGAAAUCGUAUCGAUCCUUCCUCUCUUGAAGCUUGAUUCUUCUCCUCUAUUAUUAUUGAAAGAUCAUCGAUAUCUCGGCAAAAAUUAUAUAUAUCAUAUCUUGAGAACGUUCGGUUAGCUUUUUUUUAUUAUAGUCGUAAUAAAGCCACGCAACAUUUUCUUUUUUUAAAUCAAAAUAUUCAUGAAUAUUUAACAUCAGCUGUUGACGUAGAAUCAAGCUUCUGAAGAGUUUUAAAAAAUUGUCGGCGAAAUUUAUCUCUUGUUCACCGAUGAACUGGUCAUAUUGGUAAAAAGAAGGUCGAAUGCCAAUCGUUCGAAUAUACAUAUGUUAUAAAUGCAUGGAGGGAAAGAGAAAACGUUUAUCUAGGAAUCAUAUGAAAUCUCUUGUUAAGGUUACAAACUUUUGUACUCUUCCUAUUACGGAAAGAUGAAGGUUUUUAUUUAUGACCGCACAGAAAUAAAAAAAAAUCUGAGGAAAAAAA